AUGCCGGGAUCUGCCUUACGCGAUCACCAUCACCAGGACCAGAACCAGAACCACGUCUACCCAUGUCUCGCCGAGGGGUUUCGGACUUGCGUCUACCCGGCAACCUUGGUACUAAAGGUCGAGCGGGCGUUUCUGGCGGAGCAGGGUAAGGCUGAGAAUGUCGAUCGACAAGAUAAAAGCCUUCUCCUGCCUCUCGAGGGUAAUCAAGUCGACAACCGUCCUCACCUUCCUGACAUUACGGGAACAAAACGUCACUGCCUCACCCUGAUUCUUUCUGACGGACAUCUCCAAGUCUAUGGUCUUCUGGAAUCAUCACUGCUUACCACCAACUUACUUGGCCUCCUACCCGGUGACAUCGUGAGGAUCAAGAAGUUCCAAGUCAGAACGGCGCCUCGUCUGAGUGGACAGGGAAAGGUGGUAUAUUUGGGGGUCUCCAGCUGCGAGUGGAUUGAUGGACCACCAAGGAGGGCUUCUUUAGCUGGUGAUAACACUGGAGGUGGCUUCAUCGUCGAGGACGAGGAGGAAGCACAGAACGACGACACUGAGUCGAAGCACGUGGAAGUCUCUACUCUCGAAGAGAACCCCAAAGGAUUACCCAGCAUCGUUGAUACUUUGGAGGAUCUUGAAGCAGGCGGUUUUCUACGAGAAGAGGACGAUCUCCCCUUAUCUCUCGACAACAAUCCCCCCACACAGAAUAUCCAGUUAACGUCAAUUCCCAUCCGAUCGCCGACCUCUCAUAAACGACCCAUCAUGGAGGAGACAUCACAAUUCCGCAGAGCUAGAAAGAAACAUAAAACUGGAACCCGAUCUGAAAGCCAAAUCGCCCCCUCCACAGCUACACAGACAUCUCCAGCUCCAAAGAAUCACAGCUCCGGAGCAGGACCAGAUUCCGACGAUGACGACGAUUUCUUCGAGACUGUGGUAGUGUCGCCGUCAACAAUCAAGAAACGACAAGAAUCCCUUCGGCGUCAGGAAUUUACUUCAGCUGUUGACAAAACACCCGUACGAUUUCGAGAAACUCCUGAUAUUCAGUCCAACCAACUUCUCCCAUCUUCUUCUCUUCCACCUGUCACACCAAGUCGAUCCACUGCCAUGUUGCCCAACAACACUACAAUAACAACAGACUUUGACGAUGAAGAUAUAGGUGGCGACCCUGGACCAUCCUCCUGCCCGCCAUCUACGUUAGAUAUCCUGUUCGAAGACACCGCGGAUCAAGGAGAGCUAGAACAUCCGACGACAUCAACCUCACAAGCACAACCUCCAAUCCCACCUACCCAAGUCCCCCCUUCUACCACCACCAAUCUCACCCAUCCCACCACCGAACCACCCCCCUCCUCAACCCCCUUUCACCCCCUCUCCACCCUCCUACCCCUAACCAUCCCCCGACGAAACUACUCCUGCACGGUCCUCGGACUCAUCACAUGGGUAUCAGCCUCCUUGAUCUAUAAGAGCAACUCCGGCUUUCCCCCAAAACGCAACAUCCGAAUCCACGAUCUAUCCAUCACGUCUCAACGGGCCGUGUUCACUGUAGCGGUAUUCGUGGACCCGAAACAGUUCUUGCCAAAAGUCGGUACUGUGGCUUUGUUUCGAGGGCUUACCAUGAAUCGUUCCGGGGUUGAUGUGAUUCUCAAUGCGUAUAAGGGCUUGAAGGAUUGGGAGGGCUUGGAGGGGGAGAAGUGGUUUGUGGAUGAUGAGGAGGGGUUGGUGGAGUUGGGGUAUGGGGAUAGAGUCAAGGAGUUGAAGGCGUGGUGGGAGGAGAGGAGGAAAGGUCUGUGA